CGCCCCGCCGCGCUGAGCCGUAGGAGCGAGGGGGCCGCCUCGCUCUGUCCCCCCGGCACCAGCGCGGCGGCCGAGGCAGAGGGGGCCCGUACCGGGCAUCGCCCGCCCGGCUGCCAUUGAGCCCAGGCCGGCCGCGGGCAGACUGAGCCUGGGCGUGUGCUUAGUGCGGGCACGGUGGUCAGACAGCAACACGGGUCGCUGCACGGCCGCUCCAUCCCUGCAGUGCCCAGGGCCGGGCUGGGCGGGCUGGUGGAACGCCAUCCCCCAGCCCAUGGCAGGGGUGCGAUCAGGCCAAGGUUAAGGUCCUUCUAAGCCAAACCCUUGGAUUUUUCAGUGAAACCCUCCCUCCAAACCCAGGGGUUGUCCUGCUGGUUUUGUUGUUGUGAUAACUCCUGUCGGCGGCGCUUAUUUUGCAGCGUUACCCCAUUAUUUUCCCUCGUUAAUGACACGAGCUCUGAAUUACAAGUGAAGCCGGUGUUCUCACCGCAAGCGCUCACUAAAAACUACCGGGUGACAAGAGAAACCACGGCAGGAAAUUUCUUCCGAAUAAUCAGAGCACCUUGGAAUAGAUGUGAACACAAGGCACUGUGCUGGAUAAAGCUGCCUCGGAGCACCAUGGCUGCCGCCCCUUUUCUCAACUCGGACGCGCUGCGAGAGGUCCUGGAGUGCCCCAUCUGCAUGGAGUCCUUCACCGAGGAGCACCUGAGGCCCAAACUGCUGCACUGUGGGCACACCAUCUGCAAGCAGUGCCUGGAGAAGCUCCUGGCAAACAGCAUCAACGGGAUCCGGUGCCCCUUCUGCAGCAAGAUCACGCGGAUCACCAGCUUGGCUCAGCUCACUGACAACCUCACUGUGCUGAAGAUCAUCGACACGGCCGGCCUGGGGGAAGUGGUGGGACUCCUCAUGUGCAAGGUCUGCGGGAGGAGGCUGCCAAGACACUUUUGCAAGAGCUGUGGCUUGGUUUUGUGCGAGCCCUGCAAGGAGGCUUCGCACAUGCCCCCGGGACACAGAGUCAUGGCUAUCAAAGAGGCUGCUGAGGAGCGUAGGAGGGAAUUUGGGACGAGGCUUGCCAGGCUUCGGGAGCUCAUGGGUGAUCUUCAGAAAAGGAAAGCUGCUCUGGAGGAUGUUUCAAGAGAUCUGCAAUCCAGAUACAAAGCGGUUCUGCAGGAGUACAGCAAAGAGGAGCGCAAGAUCCAGGAAGAACUGGCCAGGUCACGCAAGUUCUUCACCACCUCUUUGACUGAAGUGGAGAAGAUAAAUAACCAGGUGAUGGAAGAGCAGGCUUACCUGCUGAACUUAGCAGAAGUGCAGAUAAUGUCUCGCUGUGACUAUUUCCUUGCCAAAAUAAAGCAGGGGGAUAUAGCUCUCCUGGAGGAGACAGCAGACGAUGAAGAACCAGAACUGACAAACAGUCUCCCAAGGGAGCUGACUCUCCAAGAGGUGGAACUCCUUAAGGUGAGCCACGUGGGACCACUGCAGAUUGGGCAGGUGGUAAAGAAACCCCGCACCGUUAACGUGGAGGAAUCUCUCAUGGAAAAUGCAGCAUCCUCCUUUGUACCGUUUAGGGAGCCUGACCUGGUGCAGGAGGAGCCCAGCUGCACCCCGCAUUCCUCACCAGCCAAGCCAAGGAUGCCUGAAGCAGCCACCAGCAUCCAGCAGUGUUCCUUCAUCAAGAAGAUGGGCUCCAAGGGCAGCCUGCCAGGGAUGUUCAACCUCCCUGUGAGCCUGCACGUCACCAGCCAAGGGGAGGUGCUCGUGGCAGACCGGGGCAAUUUCCGAAUCCAGGUUUUCACCCGCAAGGGCUUCCUGAAGGAGAUCCGCCGGAGCCCCAGUGGCAUCGACAGCUUUGUGCUGAGUUUCCUUGGAGCAGACUUGCCCAACUUGACCCCCCUUUCUGUCACCAUGAACUGCCACGGGCUGAUCGGUGUGACAGACAGCUACGACAACUCUGUCAAGGUGUACACCAUGGAUGGCCACUGCGUGGCGUGUCACCGCAGCCAGCUGAGCAAGCCCUGGGGCAUCGCCGCGCUGCCCUCGGGCCAGUUCGUCGUCACCGACGUGGAAGGGGGCAAGCUCUGGUGCUUCACCGUGGACCGUGGCGUGGGGGUAGUGAAGUACAGCUGCCUGUGCAGCGCCGUGCGCCCCAAGUUUGUCACCUGCGACGCUGAAGGGACCAUUUACUUCACUCAGGGGCUGGGGCUCAACCUGGAGAACCGGCAGUACGAGCACCACUUGGAAGGAGGCUUCUCCAUCGGCUCUGUCGGCCCAGAUGGGCAGCUGGGACGCCAGAUUAGCCAUUUCUUCUCUGAGAAUGAGGAUUUCAGGUGCAUUGCUGGGAUGUGUGUUGAUUCCAGGGGAGACCUGAUCGUUGCUGACAGCAGUCGUAAGGAAAUCCUGCAUUUUCCUAAAGGAGGCGGCUACAACAUCCUGAUCCGGGAGGGACUCACCUGCCCGGUGGGUAUUGCUGUUACUCCCAAAGGGCAGCUGCUGGUGCUGGACUGUUGGGAUCAUUGCAUUAAGAUCUACAGUUACCACCUGAGAAGAUACUCCACCCCUUAAAGGCUUGGUUGCAAGCACAGCCUGUCUUGGCAGUGGAGAUUCUUACAGCCUCCUUGCAAUCUGAUGGUAACCAGUGUCAAGCCUUCAGGAAGAUUGUGCCAUAGCUGAAGGGGAUUUGGCAUAGAGGUCAUCAUGUUCUGUGUUUAGAAACAAAAUAGCUUUUGUGGUGGUGGUGGUGGUCUGCUUUUUCUUCUUCUUUUUUAUAUAAAAUCCCUACAAAUAAGAACAAGUGUGAUGGAAAGGAUCCGUCCUUUGCAGUCUUGGUUCUUGUGACUAGUCACUCCAUAAACCUCUUCACCUCCUUAUGCCACACAUCUCCUACACUUCCAGCUUCAACCAUUGUGUCUUUCUUUGUGCCAUAAACACUGACUGACUGCUCUAAAUCACCUUCCCUUAGAGAACUAGCAGAGGCAAUCCUGUGGCACUUGCAAGGAACUGGGUAGCAGUUGUCUGGGCAACUCCUAGAGAGAGCAAUUUGUGCUUGCAGCACUGCAUAAAACGAAAUGGCCACUUCAGCUGCACGGAGAUGAAGCUUUGCUUCCACCCUGACGAGGCAGGGUUGUCUCUCCCAUUUUUCUGGUGUUCAGGAGAUUGCCCUGUCGUGCCAUUUGUGAAUUGUGUCUGUUCUGUGUGAAGUGAGUACUGUGCAAUCGUGGGAGACCGAGCUGAGCCAGAAAAUUGCCCUCUUUAUUCCUGAGUUGUAAGAAGAAAGGGGUUUUAUUACUAAUCAGAGUUCUGCUAGAUAGAAGGGGGUAAAAAGGGAGGGGGGUGGAGAAAAAAAUAAGGGAAAUUUAGGGUUGCUAUUUACUGUUGUUUUAUUAUUAAAUGUGUCCUGGAAACUCUCUUUGGAAGGUCUAUCUGGUAUCUAAAACUCCCUGGGGAAGGGGGGAAGAGCUGGGGGAAUCAGAAUGGGAAAUUGUAGGAAAUGAGAUUAAAUGCAAUGUAUUGUAUGUUCACCUGUACUUCACUACUCUGCAUUUUGGACCACUGCAUUUAGCAAUAGGUUUCCACUCAUCUGCACCUCCUCUGUGCAAGUUACUCACUUCUGAGAUAAGGAUGGGCAGGGGGGACUAUUUCACUUCUGUUUUUUUAAGGUUUGGAAGCACAUCCAUUGGUGCACUGUCUUUUUUUUCCUUGAACUGCAAAACACUACAUUCCUCAGAUUUUUUUUUUUCUUUUUUGUAAUUCUUUUUUUUUUCCACAACACCAGCAGGCACCAGCGUUUUUGCUCAUCAAGGCUUUGGGCCAAAUGAAGCACAAAACUGCAGCUGUGUGAACCAAGGCCCCCACAGAGCUGCUCUCCUGGCUGAUAAAUGUGUACCUCAGUGUGGUGCUGCUCGCCCAGAAUAGUUUAUUGAAGGAAAGAUGCAUUUAAAUAGGGCACAGUGGUAGCAUGUUAAUCUGCCACAGAUAAUAGUUACACUGCAGUGCAUUUAUUUGUUGCCAUCAACAGUGUAGUUGCAAAUUUGGGGCCACGACAGACAAUAUAAAAGCUGAUUUUAUAGUGGCUGCCAUGCUCCAGCAAAUUGUUUCCUACUUGUCGUACAUGUUUGCAACAGGUGAUUUUUUUUUUUUUUUUUUUGUAAGCCCAUAUACUUUUCCUUGCUGAAACAGCAGAGGAAAACAGGUUGGUGAGCUGCUGCUGUGCUAGCUGGAUGUUUGGCAGUUAAAGGGAUUGCAGAAAAAAUGCUGGAAGCAGAUUUUGGUGGGAUUUGGGGUUUUUUUUCCCCUCUCUUUGUUGUGCUCAGCCAGUGCUGAAGGAGGGAGCACACAAACACAGCUGUGUGGUGGAGUUUCCUUCAGGGCAACUUCCAAUUUCUCCUGCUAUAAUGUACCGGAAAAAGCCUGUGGAGAAGGGAGCUAAGACACGAGGUGGUUGAUGGUGCUGAGGCAGCCCAGGGGACCCAGCUCCCCUUCCCUCCCGAGCUGCUCUGUGUCCUUGCCAAGGCUACCAACUUUUACAUUGCUAUUCACAUUCUCUGCUUCUUUUUUUUGGUGAAAAGGAAAGGGAAGGGGCAGUUACCCAAGGCAUGUGACAGCAAUUUGAGGAGCCUUUCUCAUCUUGAAUAUGUGUUUUGGGGAAGUGAUAAUGAUUACUGGGCUGUGCUGCAGUUCAUGACAUUUUAACUGAAAGCAUUUUUCCAAUUUUAUGGCAAUGGCAGUUCAUCUCCUUCUGGUUUCUUUUAAACAUUUCUCCUGCUUCCAAGAACUGCUCCACACAGGAGGCUACUGUGGACCUGAAUAAUUAAAGCAAUAUUAUCUAUGAUAAUAUGUAUCUCUGUAAUUUUCUGUUCCCGUGGAUUUUUUUUUUUUUUUUUGCAAUGAACAGUACAACUACUAGCAAUAACAUUUCCUGGAGUGCUUGAAAAAAAAUUUAAAGUAAAAAAUUAAAAGCUGGUGCAGUAAACUGAGCAGUUGGUUACUCCAGCCUAUUCCCGGUUACAGAGUUCAAACAAAGUGUCUGUCAUCUGUUUCUCACUCAGAGGAUUAAGAAAAAGAGCACUACCCUGUGAGGCACUGGUGGGCCAGGACACUGCAGUCAGCGCCUGGGGCUCUGUCUUGCCUGCAGCUCUUCCAGUCUGAGAUUUCAGGAAGAAAAAGGGAAAAAAAACCCUGCUGUCCCUCGCCCAGGGUCUGUACAUCCCCUCACAAAACUCGACUGAGAUGAUUUAACAGAGCUCUGCUUGCUGUGGUGCUCCCACACAGUGUCAUGAUCAUCUGCCAAACGAGGUGAAAUGGAGUAAUUAAGGAUUAUGUUGAAAUAGUUUGGCUCCUGCUCUGUAUCUGGAGGAAGAGCUUGUCUGGUCAUACAUAUGUGUUUGGUUUUUAAAGAUUGUGUAAUAAAGGAAAAAUUGAUCCAAUUAAAAGUGCAUUGCAAACGG